CAAAUAGACACGUAAGUAGAGAGAGCGUCUACUUUAUUUUCAUCACGAAAACACCAAAAUAUUAGUAAUAAAAAGCAAUUUAACAAUAGAUGUUGAAUUACAGUUGACCAUGUAAAGUGGAACACACAAACAAAAACAAUACGCCUCUGCGCAAACGAUUGCUACAUCUGAACUUUCACCGCAAUUAGUUUUACAAAAGGUUGUGUGGAGAAAGGGGAUUUUUCAUAGAAAAACACCGUGCGUCAUUUGGUUUUUAAUAAAAAUCUUAAAUAAAACAAACAACUUACAAUAUAAGCCAAUAAAGGGAAGAAACGGUAACCUGCAAAGGUGCAAUACAAAAAGUGCAAUGUCUACUCAGCGACUUCUACGCCGGAGUGCGUGGUACUUGAUGCUGACGUUGUGCGUCAUAUUGUGGGCACGUCAUUGUAGCGGCUACUUUGCCGCCCACGAUGAAUUGGAUCAGAACAAAAGUUGUUUCUGCGAGCUUAAGGGUUCCAUAAAUGAUUGCAGUUGCGCCGUGGACACCGUGGACCAUUUCAAUAACAUCAAAAUAUAUCCGCGUCUUAAGUCGCUGCUCGUAAAAAACUUCUUUCGCUUUUUUAAAGUGAAUUUGAAAAAUUCAUGUCCUUUCUGGGUGGAUAACAGCAAAUGUGCGAUGCGUUUUUGCCAGGUGCAAAAUUGUGAUGAGAAGCACAUUCCCAAAGGUCUAAUCGAGGAAAGCGAAAAUAAGGAACCAGCAGCAUUUAAGUACACCAAAGAAGCCCAAUCAUCAGAAUGCUCGGAGGCCGAGGACUACAAUCGUGUUUUAAGCUACUUGGAUACAAGCCUCAGCGAUCAGGCGUAUCGCGAAUUUGAACGUUGGGCUAGACACGAUGAGGCCGAAGAAGAUUUCUGUAUUUUAGAAGAUCAACACAAAGGAGCUCAAUAUGUAGACUUACUUAUAAAUCCUGAGCGUUAUACCGGCUAUAAGGGAGAAUCGGCGCAUCGCAUUUGGCGUAGCAUUUAUAUGGAAAAUUGCUUUGGCCGCAAAAAUGAAACCAAAACGCUUUCCGAUUUCAUACCACAUCUGGAUUUGGAUAAAGUAUGUUUGGAGCAACGUGCCUUCUAUCGCAUCAUAUCCGGGCUCCACAGUAGCAUUAAUAUACAUUUAUGUGCCAAAUAUUUACUCUCCGAAUCAAAAGACUUUCUCGAUCCUCAGGGGGUUUGGGGCCCAAAUAUUGAGGAAUUCAAACGGCGUUUCAGUCCGGAAACAACAAAGAACGAAGGACCACAUUGGUUGAGAAAUCUUUAUUUCAUUUAUUUGGUAGAAUUGCGGGCUUUGGCCAAAGCGGCGCCAUAUUUGCGACGAGAAGAAUACUACACAGGCAUUGCGGAGGAAGAUGAGGAAGUGAAGUUGGCUAUAAAUGAUCUAUUGUCGGUUGUGGAAUCUUUUUCAUCGCAUUUCAAUGAAAAUGUGCUAUUUUCGAAUGGUGUAGCAUCGCUAAAAUUCAAAAAUGAGUACAAAGAGAAAUUUCGAAAUAUAUCUAGAAUAAUGGAUUGCGUGGGUUGUGAUAAGUGCAGACUUUGGGGAAAAUUGCAGACACAAGGACUUGGUACAGCUUUAAAAAUUCUCUACUCUGAGAAAUUGAAUGUAGCGACAGAGAAUGGUCUGUGGGAACGGCCACAUUUAGAGGCUAAUCCACUCUUUAAGCUAUCGCGUACAGAAAUUGUGGCGCUCUUCAAUGCAUUUGGAAGACUUUCAACAAGCAUUUACGAGGUGGAAAACUUCCGAAAAUUGCUGCGGUAAUAGACGCCCGCAUAGAAUGCUUGCUUGCCGCUGCUAUUGGUUUUUGUUAGACAAUGCAGCAGACUGUAGUGAUAGAUAACUUUGUUGUAAUUAUAGUAUUUAUUUAGCAGGUAUUUAGUAGCCUUUAUAUAUAGAGGCGCUUACAAAUAUUUCGUUAACAAAGCCUACGAAAGGUUUCUUCUCUUACCUCAAACAAUCUGACAUGUUAUUAGUGAGUUCGAGAGUUUUUGAAACAACCUAAACCUAUCCCUUUUUUAUUAACCUUAAGCAAAUUUAUUUAUUAUGAAAUUGUUAUUUUUUUUGAUUUGUUACUUAACUACUACUU